UUUCUUGCAGUGUCUGAAGACUUGGGUGAUACCAAUAACCAUCCCUGGGUGCAAGCUGGAAUUCAGGCAGCAGGGUUUCUUUGCAAGGAAAUAAACCAGCAGCUUCAAUCAACUUCAACUCUGUCAUACCUUCAUGAUGUUUCCCUUGGUCAGAAAUGCACUAAGUACUCUCAGGAUCCGAAGGAUUCAACAAAUUAGACAGAGUCACUCAAAGCACUCACCAGAUUUUCAUGACAAAUAUGGUGAUAUCCUCCUAGCCAGUGGAGCCUCUUUCUGUCUUGUUACAUGGGUAUUUCUAGGCACACAGACGGGCAUACAGUGGGGCCGUUCCCCUGUUGGCAGAGUUGCCCCGCAAGAGUGGAGUGAAGAGUAGCCGUCACAGUCACUGUAAGGCAGAAUUGUUUCCGGGUCAGCUUGUUACUUAAGCACUAAAAUAUAGCAUACUUGAGGAAAUAAAAUGCAUGUGCAACUGUUGAAAAGGCAUUGAAAAUAGUCAUUAUUGUGCGUGAAAGCAAGGCAGUAGUGGUAUGUAUAGAUUCCAGGGCUUUAUGAAUAAUAAAUAUGUGAAAGUAGAAUUAA